UCAAAAUGGCGGCCAACGCCCAGCGGCCGCCUCCCCCCCCGUCGCCCGCCCCGCGCAGGCGUUUCCUUCCCUGCCGGGCGGCGCUUCUCGCCGCCGCGCUGGGGAGGGGGAGCGGUGGCGGGGCGAGAGGAGGCCGAGCCGCGGGGAGCGGAGCGUCCCGGCAGGAGACCAGCACCUGUCCCGCCGGCAGAGCCCGCCGCUGCGCCCGCAGCCAGGUGUGCGCCGAGCCCGCCGCGGGAGCGGGCGCCAUGGGAGGCCCUUCGCCGCGCCGAGAGGGCGCCCAGCGGCUGGGGGCUGCGCCGCCUCAGCCCCGCUGAACCCGCCGCUCCUCCGCGGGGACCGGAGAGCGACAUGGACCGGCCGCCGCAGCCGCCAGCCGCCUGCUAGUCCCGCAGCACCAGCUGUGGGGCGGGUUGGGCAUGGCCCAGCAUGAGGAGAGCGGCGGAGGGCAGCGCUACCCCGUUACCAGUUGGGCCAAGACAACUGAUGUAAAUUUAUCCAGCUCCUUAAAUGGUUUGAGCUUCAUGGGAAUUCUGGACGCAAGAGUGGGCAGCAGUAUCCAGGGCCUUCAAAACUUGAACUCCGGGACCCCGACAUCUCUCUCCUUGCCUGAGUAUGAGCCUGGGCAGCUGUCCAAUGCUUUAGAAGAUUGUCAUAGCCUUAAAUCAGUGGAUUCUGGUAUUCCAACUCUAGAAAUAGGAAAUCCAGAGCCUGUUCACUGCAGUGUGUUAAAUGUGAAGAGAAAGCAGUCAGAAUCUGAAAUUGUGCCUGACAGGGCUUUUCAGAGCGCAUGCACACUGCCGUCUUACGUGCCUCCACAUUCUCUGACUUCUGAACAUGACCACGCUGUGCGAAAAUCCUCUACUUUCCCAAGAACUGGGUAUGACACUGUCAAACUUUAUAGUCCAACUUCAAAAACUCUGAAUCGAAGUGAUGAUAUCUCUGUCUGUAGUGUUUCCAGUCUUAGCACAGAACUGUCAACAACUUUAUCAGUUAGCAAUGAAGACAUUUUGGACUUUGUGGUCACAAGCAGUUCAAGUGCAAUUGUGAAUCUUGAGACUGAUGAGGCGCACUUCUCGGAUGUUACUCUGAAUUCCACUAAAGAGACCAAUGAUCAGAGCCAGCAGGAGUGUUGUCAAGAGACAGAUGUGGACAGUAAACGAAAAAUAUUGGGACCUUUUACAAGCUUCUUUGCCAGGAAUUUGUUUACCAGAAAGCAAAGUGCAAGAUUUGAAAAACAAAAUGAUGUGGGAUGGAAGUUGUUUGGAAAAGUACCCCUCAGAGAAAACUCACAGAAAGAUCCAAAGAAAAUACAAAAGGAAUAUGAAGAAAAAACUGGACGAGCUCACAGACCACUCUCUCCUAAACAGAAUGUGAGGAAGAAUCUUGAUUUUGAACCACUCUCCACUACAGCACUUAUUUUAGAGGACAGACCAGCGAACCUCCCUGCAAAACCAGCAGAAGAAGCUCAGAAACACAGGCAACAGUACGAAGAAAUGGUGGUUCAAGCAAAAAAAAGAGAGCUUAAAGAAGCCCAGAAGAGGAAGAAACAACUGGAAGAACGCUGUAAACUGGAAGACAGCAUCGGCAAUGCUGUUCUGACUUGGAACAAUGAAAUCUUGCCCAACUGGGAAACUAUGUGUUGUUCCCGUAAAGUUCGAGAGCUAUGGUGGCAGGGCAUCCCACCGAGUGUGAGAGGCAAAGUCUGGAGCUUGGCAAUUGGCAACGAGUUGAACAUCACCCAUGAACUGUAUGAUAUUUGCCUGGCUCGUGCCAAAGAGAAGUGGCGAUCACUUAGCACCGGAGGGGCUGAAGUAGAAUGUGAAGAUGCUGGAUUUUCUGCAGCUGACAGAGAAGCAAGCUUGGAGUUAAUAAAACUGGAUAUCUCAAGAACAUUUCCUAAUCUCUGUAUAUUCCAGCAAGGUGGUCCGUACCAUGACACGUUGCACAGUAUUUUAGGAGCCUAUACUUGUUACAGGCCUGAUGUAGGCUAUGUACAGGGCAUGUCAUUCAUAGCGGCAGUAUUGAUCUUGAACUUGGAUACUGCAGAUGCCUUCAUUGCUUUUUCUAAUCUUUUAAAUAAACCCUGUCAGAUGGCGUUUUUCCGUGUGGACCAUGGCCUUAUGUUGACUUACUUUGCCGCAUUUGAGGUAUUCUUCGAAGAAAAUCUGCCAAAGUUAUUUGCUCACUUCAAAAAAAAUAAUUUAACUCCAGACAUCUAUCUUAUUGAUUGGAUAUUCACAUUGUACAGCAAAUCUUUGCCACUAGACUUGGCAUGUCGUGUCUGGGAUGUGUUCUGCCGUGAUGGAGAAGAGUUCUUAUUCCGUACAGCCCUGGGAAUAUUAAAACUUUUUGAAGAUAUUUUGACCAAAAUGGACUUCAUUCAUAUAGCCCAGUUUUUAACAAAGCUACCAGAGGACUUGCCUUCAGAAGAAUUCUUCACAUCUAUUUCUGCCAUUCAGAUGCAAAGUAGAAACAAAAAGUGGGCUCAGAUACUGGCUGCUCUGCAGAAAGAUAACCGGGAAAUGGAAAAAGGAAGUCCUUCACUCAAACGUUAAAACUACGAUUGCCUCCAGUGACUCACAGGAGAAGUGGCAAAAGUACUGAGUACUGUUUGACGUGUAUGAGCCUGCAAAUCAAAGUGUUAUUUCAGAGUUUUGUUUAGUAGUAG